GUGUAAUUUACUCUAAAAUCUUUAUUAAACUAUAUUUCAGACAAAAGAUCGUGGCUUGUUGAAGGAGGUCUUUAACACAAAAAAGACAAAACACAAUUAGAAAUUUUCCAUUUAUUCUGAAACAAGAGUACCUCUCAUCACCGGCUGUGAAAAGGAUCCAUGACGCCCACUUCCCACGACCCUUUCUUCUCACUCCUCCUCCUCCUCCUCUUUCUCUCUCUAAAACCAGAAAUGGAUAUUCAAGAAAGUUGUUAGAACAGUGGAAUUUUUUAAGCAAAAUCCUCAAAAAACCAACACUUCAUCCACCAAUUCAAUAUAGACAAUCACCUUUCACCAAAUUCAUCCUCAAUUUCCCCAUAAAUGUCGCUCUUUUUGUUCCUCUCUACAUCUUCAACAUCUUCUCUCUCUCCUCCGUCGGAAAAUCCCUCUCUUUCUCUUUCCCUACACCGCCGCCAUGAACUACCGGAAAAAUAACCACCUCUCUGUUUCCGCCGUCCUCCUCUCUGUUUUCCUCAUCGGAAUCAUCUUCUACAACGAAGACGUUAAAUCACUAACAAAAUUCCCGUUCUAUACACUCCAGUUUCAGAAAAUCACUCCCCAUGAAAACCCACUUCCGAAUGAGCAACAGACCACCAACUUGACGGCGGAAGACGACGAAUUUCCACCGGAAAGCUGCGAUAUUUUCGAUGGGAAAUGGGUUUUUGACGAUUUGACACAUCCUUUGUAUAAAGAAGAGGAGUGUGAAUUUCUGACUGAACAGGUUACGUGUAUGAAAAAUGGGAGACAAGAUUCUAUGUAUCAGAAGUGGAGGUGGCAGCCUAAAGACUGUAAUUUGCCAAAGUUUAGAAGGAAAUUGUUGGUGGAGAAAUUGAAGAACAAGAGGCUUAUGUUCGUUGGAGAUUCGUUGAAUAGAAAUCAAUGGGAAUCAAUGGUGUGUAUGGUUCAAUCGGUUGUUAGUUCAGGAAGAAAGAGUUUGAUCAAAACAGGGUCUCUCUCCAUUUUCAGAAUCGAGGAUUAUAAUGCCACCGUGGAAUUUUACUGGGCCCCAUUUUUGGUCCAAUCAAACUCUGAUGAUCCAGAGAUACACAGCAUAUUAGACAGAAUCAUCAUGCCUGAAUCAAUUAAUAGCCAUGGUCAAAAUUGGAAAAAUGUUGACUAUUUGGUCUUUAACACAUAUAUUUGGUGGAUGAACACAAGAAACAUGAAAGUGCUGAGAGGAUCAUUUGAUGAAGGAGCAACAGAAUACGAUGAAAUCGAGAGGCCUUUAGCAUAUGCACGAGUGUUGAAAACAUGGGGCGAAUGGGUUGAUAAAAACAUAAACCCUAAUCGCACCAUGGUCUUUUUCAAUAGCAUGUCUCCUAUCCAUAUAAAGAGCUUGGACUGGAAUAACCCUGAGGGCAUCAAAUGCGCGAAGGAGACAAGUCCGAUCCUAAACGUGACCGCACCGCCAAACGUGGGCACGGACCGUCGACUUUUUACGGUUGCAACCGAUGUGAUUCAAUCAAUGAAAGUUCCAGUGAAUUUCAUCAACAUAACUACUCUUUCGGAGUAUCGAAAAGAUGCACACACCUCAAUCUAUACCAUUCGUCAGGGCAAAUUAUUAACCGCAGACCAAAAAGCAGAUCCUGCCAUUUAUGCAGAUUGUAUUCAUUGGUGCUUACCUGGAUUACCUGACACGUGGAAUGAGUUUCUUUACACACGUAUCAUUUCUCACUUGUGACACAUAGUGACUAUUUUGGGGUUUUUGUAUAUUGUUUCCCUUUUUUUGUAACUUUUUUGAAUGCUAUUAUUUUUCAUGUAUAUUUCGUUUUUGGAAAGUUUUGGUUUUUAGAAAGGUUUUUUUGGACA